AUGGCGCAGCACACGUACUGGGGCUCGUUCGAGGAGAUCUCCAAGUACAAUGUCUCGCUCAAUUACGCCGAAAAAAUGUGGCUUGCAUGGUACACAUACAUGCAAAAUGAUGUGCUUGCGACAGGCAUCAUGUCCUUUGUCAUGCACGAGGCUGUGUACUUCGGGCGAUCGUUGCCAUGGAUCAUAAUCGAUGCCAUUCCAUGGUUCAGGAGGUACAAGAUUCAGCAGCAAAAAAUCCCCACCGCCUGGGAACAAUGGCAGUGCGCUCUUCUCGUCCUCUUCUCCCACUUUACCGUCGAGCUCCCACAGAUCUGGUUCUUCCACCCUAUGUGCCAGUUCUUUGGUCUGAGCACCACCGUCCCGUUCCCCAGCAUCUACAAGAUGGCCUUCCAUAUCGCCGUCUUCUUCGUGCUCGAGGACGCCUGGCACUACUGGACACACCGCGCCAUGCACUGGGGACCGCUAUACAAGAACAUCCACAAGAUCCACCAUCAAUACUCUGCUCCGUUUGGCCUGGCUGCCGAAUACGCCUCGCCCAUCGAAGUCAUGGUUCUCGGUCUCGGUACAGUUGGAGCGCCUAUUGCCUGGUGCGCCAUUACCGGGGAUUUGCACAUUCUGACCAUGUAUCUCUGGAUUGUGUUCCGCCUCUUCCAGGCCAUCGACGCUCACAGUGGCUACGAGUUCCCUUGGAGUCUGCAUCACUUCCUUCCCUUCUGGGCCGGCGCUGAACAUCACGACGUCCACCACGAGCGCUUCAUUGGCAACUACUCUAGCAGCUUCAGGUGGUGGGAUUACUUCCUAGACACCGAGGCUGGUCCUGAGGCGGCUAAGCGGAGGAGGGAGAGGAAGCUGGCUAAGCUGAAGAAGGUCCAGUAA